CCUGCCCAUAACGUGUCUCGGUUUCCCUCUCUCACACAUGCACACAACCACAUUCAGUUAAAGGUCAUAGAGGAAAGAUCAGGAAUUGCAAGCAAUGAAAACGAAGAAGUACAAAAAUAUAAACAGAGAAAGAGACCCAGAAGAAGAAGAAGCAGCUGAAACAGAAGGUACAGAUGAUGAAGUUAUUGUUUUGAGGGACCCAUUGGAGCUGUUUGGUUUGGACAUAAUGUUGAAUAUACUGAGCAACCUUGACGCACGCAGUGGAGUACUCUCCCUCCUUGUCUGCCAUGCUUGGAACGGCGUUGCUUCCAGUGAUCGCCUUUGGAGUUCCAAGUGUGAGGAGUUGUGGCUUGGGAAAGCACACAUGCCCCGGUUGUUGCAAGUUCGGGGAUUGUCAAGGUUGGCCGCUUAUUCAUUAUGUAUCGUGGAUGGCAAACGUUCACGCAUAACGAGGGAUGAUUUGUGCGACCAUGUUUGGGAGUUUCAUUUCAACGAGGCCGCUUCUAAAUACUGGCGAAGGCUCGAUCCUUAUUGGAAUGGCGCUGGCUCCCUUAUGCGCCGCUACUUUCAUCCUGAUGGGAGCCAAACUGCAGAUCAUGGUGAUCAAGUAUGGGGCGGCCAUGAGUGCUGUUAUUGCACCGUUACAAGUCUUCUUGAAAAUGGAAAAAUAAGGGAACACUAUGUAAGGAUAAACAGAUGGCCGCGAAUGUUUGUGUCCAGAAAGAAGGAUUGGAGCUGGGAAAUGUCCAGUCACCUCUUUUGCUACUCGAGCAUCCCAGACUCUGAUAAAGCAGGCGGGACUGGACCGCUUUUUCCAGUUAGUAGUUCAAUAAAGCUUGAUUAUAAAGAGAGUAUGUGACACUAAGAUCCCAUCCCAGAAGCCACAGACUGGACCGCCAGCUACCCACCACCAUGUAACUCUAUGCAUGCCAGAUCGAUUCUAUACCGGAAAUACCCAAUCCGUCAGUUCACCGGCCCAUUCCCAGUCACUUAUACGCUAAACGAACCAGCUAUUGGACUCAAUGUCCUGAUUGGCUCGUUAGAUGAUGAUGAUGAUGCUCUCAAAACGCGCCACUAGACGAAGCAUGAGAGAAGAUACCUGCAAUUUGGAGGGUCUUCUUAACCAAGGGCGAGGAGCAAGAGAAGGCAAAGGAAGAGAGCUUGGAGAUGCUGAGAGCCGUAGAAGAUCACGCAGGUGUUGAAAACGAAGGAGUAUUUCGGAGGGGACAAAAUUGGUAUUGUGGACAUAGCAUUUGGAAUGAUAGUUUUAUGGUAUGGUGUCAUUGAAGAAGUGCUUGGAAUAAAGUUGUUUGAUCCCCAAGCAUUUCUCAUGCAUGGACUGUGCACUUCAAAGAUUUGCCAGUGAUUAAGGGUAAUCUUCCUGAUCGUGAUUACCUGAAGGCUGGUGGCGCUGGUUUUUAUUGACUAC